GUGGUGUAACCGCCACUACGACCCCACGUCGACGCGAUCGCCGGGAUGAGCGACGUUCCAUUGUACGUGGGUCGGAUGGGCAGCUACUGCUGCGUGUGUAGCGAUGUAGCAACUUCUCCGUCGUCCAUGGCGCUGUCGACGGCGGCCACAACAACUGUCGCUGCAGAUCCAUCGACGAAUCGCGUGAACCUUGUGGCGUCGUCGCACGAUUUUGACGAGUCCUUGCCGACGUCGUUCGAGUUCACGUCGGUGCUCCCCAGCGGCUUCCACCCGAAAGACGUGUUUGAACAGGUGUCUGCGCCGAUAGAAGACGUCGUGCGCGAAGGAUUCAACACAAGUAUGGUGUGUUAUGGUUCAAGCAGCUUGAAGCGAGCGACGACGUUGGGGUUGUCUACCGCAUCCUCGUCGGGGUCCCUUCUUGGUCAAGAUCCUUCAAAUGUAUCAACAACUUGUUUGGAAGACGUGUUGGCAUCGUUCGGGCAAAUUGGAGGUAUCCUCUGGCGCCUCUUUCAGCAUAACCACGGACUCAACAUCGGCUUGAGCUGCUGGGUCGUACUCUCCAACAGCGUCCGCGACCUCCUGAACCCAACGACGCCUCCACCUUUGCAAGACAAGGAUCAUCCGAUUCAAUUCAAAACCAUUCAUGUUCGCAGCUUGACGCAGGCGUUGAUCCUGCUGCGGCAAUCCUUGCAGUUCCUCGAUGCGUCUGCUCACGUUUUCGUCCGCGUUGCGGUGUAUGCACAUGAAACGGACCAGCAGUUGAGCUUGCUACACUAUGUGGAUCUCGGUCGGCUGUCCUCGGAAGAGGAAACGGAAUUCGUGGGACUUUUCGACGCACUCAUUGCCGACUCUGCGUCGUCCAGUGGGAAAGAAUCACAAGAAAUUAGCCACGACAACUCUAGCGAUCUCCAACAACCACACAGCUGCACAUUGUCGCAGUUUUUGGCACCCCUUCUUGCUGGCAAUUCCAAGACCUUUCUGCUCGGGUUUGUUGAUUCCCACGUCGCUGUUUCGACGCUGGACUUACUCUGGAUCAUGUCGGGCGUUCGAUUGAUUUCGUGCGCGUGUGUGAAGUUAACUCAAAUUGACCCUGCCCUCCUCGACUUUGAGCCGUUUGAGUGCUGGGCCAGUGACAAGUCAACCAAACCCACCGCGAUGGACCCGGCGAGCAGCUCGACGUUGCAGACGUCGACGUUUGCGCAAAAACUCUUUGGUGGUAAAAGCAUGCGUCGACGGUCGUCUACUCCGUCGACGCCUUCUCUUGACGCGGUGCAGCCGUCGGCUCUUCCAGUUGCAACAUUUCAGGUCGUGCCGCCUCAGUCGCCAAUUCAUCAAACACCGCCCGUGGUGCCGCUCAUGAAAUUGCCAACUCAACUUGGCCUGCCCCUAAACCACACGGACUCGUCUCCCGUUGCCCCACCAUUGCCUUUGGCGUCAACUCCACCUGUGGUUACAGCGCCGUCAAUGAGUCUGGAAUCCACCAUGACCGCAAGUGCCACAAACAAUGUGGCGCAUGACACUGCUUCACGCGCUGCUUCUUCGUGGACAGUUCUUCUUGAAGAUGCCCAUUUACCCGCCAUGGCUCCACCACCUCCCGUUGUUACAGGACUGGAUGCUGCGAGCGCCGCCACGAUAACAGCCACGGAAGCGCAGUUGCUUCGAAAGCACUACGACGGGCUUCUGAAGGUGCUUCAAGACCAGCAUGUGCACACGAUGGCUCUUCAACACCAAGUGGACGAGCUCCAAGUUGCGCACCAGGAGACUGAAGCAACGUACCAUGUGCAGUUGCAAGAUUUCAAGCUGGCCAAUGUGGACUUGCGUAGCAAAUUGCGUGUGCUGGAAACGCAAACGGGUAUGCAGUCCGUACUCGACAAGUACGACGUGGAAAUUCAAACCGUGACGUCCCAACUCGAGGCAUUGCGCACGCAAAAUCUUGGGUUGGAGUUAAAGCUGGCUGCCAAUGCAACGGUGGAUUUGCGCAAUCGAUACCGCGAUAUUGUGAAGGAAAACGUCGGCCUCCAUGAACAAGUGUUGGCGCUGCGUAAAAAGGAACGACAUUUUCUGUCGUCCAAAAAAGUCGUCGAGGAGUCCGCCAAGAAAAUCGACGCGUUAUCCAAAUUGGUCACGACCAAAGACGACAUGUUGUUGGAGGCACGGCUCGGGGAAGCCAGGUUGAGUGCCCAGGUCGACCACCAACAGCAAAAGAGUUUGGCAUUGCAACAACAGCAAGCCGCACUGACCCAGGAGCACGAAAAGGCGGCAGAAGAGCUCGUCGCGGUCAAGAUGUACCUUGCUAGCAUUCAAACGGAACAAAAGAAAGCCGAAAUGCUCGAUCGGUUCGUCAAAAAGCACGGGUCGAGUUUGCUCUCGACAGGCAAGCAAAGAGCUUCUCCUAGCAUCGACGAACAUGCAAAGAAGGUUCUUGGAGCGGUCAAACGUGCUGUCCCACAGCUCGUCCCCAGCGUGCACAAAUUAUUGCAGCGACUGCACGACCAAGAAGCAUCGCUGUUAGAGUAUUCCACUCGUGAAAUGGACCUGAUCAACCUCUUGGUUGAGCUGGCCACGGACCAGCAGCAGUUGACGUUGGCGCAAGUGCAGGCUGGCGCUGCUCGAAAAGUUGGAGCGUAAGUAGUCACGAUUUCUAAACCACAGAAUGCAUGAACAACAUGACACGAUGUGUGCGUCUGGGAGGAAGUCCACGUUGUCGAACUUGUUUUGAGCUCGUUUCGUGGGAAUCUUUUUCCUCAUGGCCCGAGAACGUGUGAUAUUUCUCACAAUCUCUGCGACUUGGAGAGUGCGCAAGAAUCUCGUCGCUCAAAGCUUCGCGUCGACACUUUGCUGCACCAAGCGGCAAUGACGUGUCGAAUUCUCGCACGUGGGGAGACCACGCAGUCCCAGCUACCGUCGCUCUCGCCCAACAACGUGUACAAAAACGUCGUCGUAUUUUCAAACCCACCAACGAUUCCUUGGUUCAAGAAACCUACAAAGUGCCCACAUUUUUCCG